UAUUAAGAUAGUUCAACUGGGGGAAGGGACAUACGAGAUUUCUUCCUGUCCUUAAGUACUUUUAGGACUUACUUGAGGCACUACGGGCGGGUUAGUAGCUUUACUUAAUGUAGGAAGCUCAAAGUCAAAACCCUGGCUAAACAUGCAAAAUUGUUUCCUAAUCCUUUUUUAGUCUUCUAUGUCUGAGGACUGUGUUAGGAGACUCACCACCUUCUCCCCACUCCAACAUUCCUUUUCUGCAGGUCCAGAAUGGCUACAACAGUCCCUGAUGGUUGCCGCAAUGGCCUGAAAUUCAGGUACCACAGACUUUGUGAUAAGGCUGAAGCUUGGGGCAUCGUCCUAGAAACGCUGGCCGCAGCCGGGGUUGUGACCUCGGUGGCCUUCAUGCUUGCUCUCCCACUCCUCGUCUGCAAGGUGCAGGACUCCAACAGGCGAAAAAUGCUCCCUACUCAGUUUCUCUUCCUCCUGGGUGUGCUGGGCAUCUUUGGCCUCACCUUCGCCUUCAUCAUCAGACUGGACGGGAGCACGGGGCCCACGCGCUUCUUCCUCUUUGGGAUCCUCUUCUCCAUCUGCUUCUCCUGCCUGCUGGCUCAUGCUCUCAAUCUGACCCAGCUCGUCCGGGGGAGGAAGCCCCUCUCCCUGUUGGUGAUUCUGGGUCUCGCCGUGGGCUUCAGCCUCGUCCAGGAUGUCAUCGCUAUUGAAUAUAUUGUCCUGACCAUGAAUAGGACCAACGUCAACGUCUUUUCUGAGCUCUCUGCUCCUCGUCGCAAUGAAGACUUUGUCCUCCUGCUCAUCUAUGUCCUCUUCUUGAUGGCGCUGACCUUCCUCAUGUCCUCCUUCGCCUUCUGUGGUUCCUUCACGGGCUGGAAGAGACAUGGGGCCCACAUCUACCUCACGAUGCUCCUCUCCAUUGCCAUCUGGGUGGCCUGGAUCACCCUGCUCAUGCUUCCUGACUUUGACCGCAGGUGGGAUGACACCAUCCUCAGCUCUGCCUUGGUUGCCAAUGGCUGGGUCUUCCUGUUGGCUUAUGUUAGUCCUGAGUUUUGGCUGCUCACAAAGCAACGAAACUCCAUGGAUUAUCCUGUUGAGGAUUCUUUCUGUAAACCUCAACUCAUGAAGAAGAGCUAUGGUGUGGAGAACAGAGCCUACUCUCAAGAGGAAAUCACUCAAGGUUUUGAAGAGACAGGGGACACGCUCUAUGCCCCCUAUUCCACACAUUUUCAGCUGCAGAACCAGCCUCCCCAAAAGGAAUUCUCCAUCCCACGGGCCCACGCUUGGCCGAGCCCUUACAAUGACUACGAAGGAAAGAAAGAGGGCAGCUAACUCUGUCCUGAAGACUGGGACAGACGCAGCUGGGCGCCAGAUCCAGCGGGAGCUCAAAGGGAUGUGGGCGAAAUCUUGGGUCUUCUGAGAAAACUGUACAAGACGCUACGGGAAGAACUUGCCUCCCUCCCACCUCAACCACAAUUCUUCCAUGCUGGGGCUGAUGUGGAUUAACACGACUCCGGUUCUUAGCGGCCAGUGGUGUUUUUUUUUUUCUCCUCCUUAGGAUACUUCUUUUAAGUGGGAGUCUCAGGCAACUCAAGUUUAGACCCUUACUCUUUUUGUUUGUUUUUUGAAACAGGAUCUUGCUCUGUCACCCAGGCUUGAGUGCAGUGGCGUGAUCACAGCCCAGUGCAGCCUCGACCUCCUGUGCUCAAGCAGUCCUCCCAUCUCUGCCUCGCAAAGUGCUGGGACUACAGGCAUGAGCCACAGCUCCCAGCCUAGACCCUUACUCUUGCUGUUAUUUUCCAUGAACUAAAGGUCUGGUCAUCUGAGCGCACGUUGGCUCACGCAGCUCUAGGGGCCUGCUCCUCUAAUUCACAGUGGCUUUUGUGAGGAUUGCUUGGCCCAGAGCAGACCUGCACAUCUGAACAAAAACAGCAAAGGCCUGUCUCUCAACCCACUGGCCUGAAUCUACACUGGAACCAACUUGCUGGCACCCCCGUUUCCCAACCCUUCUUGCCUGGGUAGGCAAGGCUAAAAGAUCAUCCUACAUUUACUCAUCUCUCUGGUGCUGCCCCACAUUGGGCCUCAGCAGCUCCCCAGCACCAAUUCACAGGUCACCCCUCUCUUCUUGCACCGUCCGCAAACUUGCUGUCAAUUCCCAGAUCUAAUCUCCCCCUACGCUCUUCCAGGAAUUCUUUCAGACCUCACUAGCGCAGGCCCAGUUGCUCCUUGUCAGGAGAAUUUGCAGAUCAUUCUUACUCUAAAUUCCUGGGGCUGAUACUUCUCUGUCUUGCACCCCAGCCUCUGUAAACAGAUUUACCGCGUUCACGGCUGCAUUCUGUAAGUGGGCGUGGUCUCCUAACGGAGGAGUGUUCAUUGUGUAAUAAGUUAUUCACCUGGGUAUGCAAUAAAGAUGUGAUGGCCACUCUUUUCACGGUGGUGGCAGCAGUUACCAGUAGUGAGCAUUAGACGCUGUGGGAGAGAACACGGGCUGCCCUGUGAGCUUCAUGUUGGAGCUGAAGUUCGAGUUCAUUUCCUUUGGCUUUGUACUUGACCCUUCUUCAUGUGUCUGUCCUGAUGCCUCUAAAACAAGUGUGUUUCCCCUAAUUUUUGAGGUUGUCAUUGGUGAGAGAGCCAGGAUCGUCAUGGGGCCUGAGGUUUUACUCCAGCAAGGCAGAGGAGUGGCAACCUUGGCUUGGGGUUUGGCAGCCCCGGAAAGGCAGGGAGGAGAGCUCAAAGCCCGUUUCAUGUUUCACCCAAGGUCUCACUGUGGGAGAGGACAAACCCACAUCCGCUAUUUGACAGAGUUAGUUCACAAAUGUCUCUCGGCAAAGACAUGAUACUUAACCGUGAUAAUUGACUUAAUCCAAGCAACAGCUCUGUAGGGCAGAGCAAUAGGAAAUCUCCCUUUGGUUACGGGAAAAAAAAAUAAUCCCUCUACACAGAAACUGGGUGACAUGUAAAAAUGUGUAGCUAAGUCGGGGAGUUACUUCCUAAGAGCCUGACGCUCUGCUUUUCAUCAAAAGGAAAAAGCAGAGUGAGGCAGAGGCGAGGGAGGUGGAGGUGAACGGAUGAUGUGCUGAGUUAGGGAUGUUUAUAUGCCACAAAGGUUUGGUUGGUAGGCUUUGCACCAAGAUUAGCCUAGCUUUGUACUGAAAAGGGGGAAGGCCACAUAGUGACACAGAUCUGUCUGGUGUUUCCCAGGAGGUGUGACCUAAUGAGGUUUGUUGUGAGAAGAAAGCAAUGUGGUUUCACAUAUAUUAUCUAUCAUAGGCUAGGGACUAAAGAAAUGCAUAUACCCUCCCCACUUUCUUUCUUUCUUUCUUUCUUUUUUUUUUUUUUUGAGAUAGAGUCUCACUCUGUCGCCCAGGCUGGAGUGCAGUGACAUGAUCUUGGCUCACUGCAGCCUCCACCUCCCAGGUUCAAGCGAUUUUCGUGCCUCAGCCUUCUGAGUAGCUGGGAUUACAGGAGUGUGCCACCACGCCUGGCUAAAUUUUGUAUUUUAGUAGAGACGAGGUUUCACCAUGUUGGCCAGGCUGGUCUUGAACUCCUGAUCUUAAGUGAUCCUCCCACCUCGGCCUCCCAAAGUGCUGGAAUUACAGGUGGGAAUCACCGUGCCCAGCUUCCCUUCCAUCUUUUCUUUCCUUCUCUGGUCUUCAUACUACCAACAAAGCAAGGGAGGAGUAGUAAAAGGUAAAAUCACAAAAUACUCUGGAUCGGCGUUUAUUUAUUUAUUUUUUUUGAGACAGGGUCUAGCUCUAUGGCCUAGGCUGGAGUGCGGUGGCACAGUCAUAGCUCACUGCAGCCUCAACCUCCUGUGCUUCAGUGAUUCUCCUGCCUCAGUCUCCUGAGCAGCUGGGACCACAGACAUGCACCACCAGACUCGGCUAAUUUUAUUUUUUCAGAGAUCACAUGUGGUUUGAGGGAGGAUAGGGAGGACAGGGUGUCAAGAACAGCAUUUUUACCAAGUUGGUAUAAAAAUGAAACAGGAUCCAGGCAUGGGUCUUUACACUGCUGGUUACAGCAAGUUUUGAAAUCUGAGCAGCAAUUUGAAUCACUUCUUGAAAACCAAACAAAAAAUGUAUUUUUUGUAGAGUUGGGGGUCUUGCUCUGUUGCCCAGGUUGGUCUUGAACUCAAGAGAUUCUCCUGCUUUGGCCUCCCACAAGUGCUGGGAUUACAGGUGUGAGCUACUGCACCCAGCCUGCUUUCUUUUUAGGGAAAAGGAUCUGUGGGAGCUUUUAUCCCCAUGACUGCCUUCCUCAAGGCAACCUCUUUCCCCAGAAAUGGCAUCAUCUCUGGACUGUUGUUUCUCCUUCUUCCUUCCUCCUCCCCACCCGCCUCCUAAUUCUCCUUCUCCCCGCCCCCUGCCCUCUUCCUCCUCCUCCUCCACCAUGCUUGGCUAAUUUUUGUAUUUUUAGUAGAGACAGGGUUUCACUAUAUGGGCCAGGCUGGUCUCGAACUCCAAACCUCGUGAUCCACCUCCCUUGGCUUCUGAAAGUGCUGAGAUUACAGGCAUGAGCCACCAUGCCCUGCCCCAUUUCCCUUCUAAGAAACACAGUGGUCUCUGGAGGCUUGGAGCCUGCACCAGCAGGCCAGCCCUGCACUGAAUGCCUGUUCUUGCCAGGUGGCCGAAGGUUGCUGCUCAUUUGAGCAGUACCUGUCACCCCUCCUCCCCGUGCUGUGGCUGUUAACUCAUCUUCCGGUCUCACACCUUCUGCACAUGAAUAAGCUCUUUAUAAAAAUUAUUAUUAGUUUUACUCUUUCUUUUCUUUGGAGAGGGUACCAAAGGAUAGCUCUUCUGUUUAAGUAGGGACCGCUCAUGGCCUGGAGGCUUUGGCAUCUGAGAAUCAAACUGGAGAAGAUUCCGAAGCCGUUCUUAUAAGUGUCUCCAUCCCUACCCAGGCUGAAAUGGAAUGUGCAAAUGGAGCCCAGCCUGGUCCUUGGGUGUUGCCAGUUGAUUGAUGACUGGGAGCCAAAGUGGCAUCUCCUUUGACCUAAACGGGCGAUGAAAUAAAACUCAACAGUCUUUCUCUCAUCUUUCAUUGUGAGAUGCGAAAUAGACCGUUUGUCUCUGCCUUUCAUUUUAGGCUGAGGCUGUCCAAAGCGACCAUACCCCAUAUUUCCACUAGAUGGCGCUGACACUCCAGGCAUCAACCUUCAGGGCCUCAGAGCCUUGCAAAGGCAGCCACUUAAAGCCGCUUUCCUGUGUGGGGCACCAAGCUGAGCUGCAGACACCCAGUAGGCGCGAUUAAAAUGCGUCCCAUUUUAAGACGCUUGUAUUUAUGAGCUCUUUGCUUCCUCCCUCCUACUAUCUUUAAAGAAUUGCUCUCCAUCUCCUUUGGCAGAGUUCCUUUGCCCUUUGUCUUAUUUUUGUGAAACCCUCCAAGGUAUUUCCAGUCCAUUUGCAUGCAAUCUGGCAUCUUUGUGGAGAACGGUCUCAUAUGCUGUUGUUGUUAACGUCGACUAGUAUUUAUGUGUUGAGAACACUGGCUGUUUGUCAGGAAAAGUGUGCCAAAACAAAGAGUACGGCCCGGCCCUGGAAAUGCAUCAGCAAAACCCAUUUCCCCCGUGCAUUCAUUCUGAGCUUCCUUCCUUCAUUUCUAGACCUGUCAUUACUGCUGAGAACUGGACUGUGCCCAGCUGACCUUUCCCUUCCUUGCCCUGCUGUCGCUGCCAGGGUCUGCAGGUUUGCCACCGUUCCAGCCCCAGUCUGAAACAUGGGAUUAUUUCAGAAUUGGAGGUGGCAGCUCCAGAAAAAAAUCCUUCUGGAGUGUUGACUGCUAAGAUCCAGGAACUGGGAAAUCAACCCCCAGUUAGUAGAUAGCCCUCUUUGGAAAUUCUGUGACCCAACCUCGUGGCUGUUUUCUGGAAUUCCUUCUAUCCGGGGCAGACAGUGCUGUGCCUUUCUUGACUUCAGGAUGUUCCAAGGAUGCUGCUGGAUUUGUGUGUGUGUGUGCCUGACCCUGAUUUCUGCAAUCUCCAGAUUUCUUUCUUGACCCUUCAAAGUGGAACAGUCCAGUGACAAAAAUUUUAGAGUUUGAGAAGGUCACAGAAAUCUUCCAGUUGGUGCCUCCACAGUCUUCACUUUACAGAGGAAUUCAGGCCUAAUGGAGUUAAUGCAACUAGAUCAGGGUUUUGCUUCUGUGUUCUUUCUACCAUCAGCACCUGUGUGGUCAGUUCUGGACACUUUUCCCAGAGAAGUCUUGGAGUAGAGAAUCCUACUCAAAUUUCACUGUAUAUUUUAAGUGUUCCUCUCCUUUCCCUUUGCCUCCCCCAUUGCCUUUUCUUCCCCUGAUUUCUCCUCUGGUCAUCUCCUCUCCCUUCGGCGUGUAAGCCAUGGGAAGGGCAUCGAGGGGAGGACAGCUUCUGGUUAAACACAGGUCCCUCUUCCACAUCAAAUGAACAUUGGCUUCCUGGGACAGAAGGCCGUCAAAGGAGGGAUUGCAAAGCAAGGCAAAGAGUUCUGUCUUCAUUUUCCCCACCACCAUGAGAUAGGACUGACGGAGAGGGUGGUGGGGCAACACUGCUUAAUGGAUGCAUUUUCACAUCAUUUCAAGUUUUAGCCCUCAUGACUGUAUUUUCUAAUCAGAGACAAUAACAUUUUAAAUAAAAUAACGAUAAAUAAGUCUGA